AACGAAGUCUUCGAUUCCGUGUUUCCUUCAGAGUCAGCUUCUUUGUUUGUUAGAGAGAGAAAAUAUAAAAGUUUUUAGAGAGAGAAAGUGGGUCUUGUUUUAACACAGACAGAAGAUCUAGGAGCGUGUUCUUUGAUAAGACUUUGAAACAUCAUGAUCUCUUAUGUUCUUUGAUCUCAGCGUUUCGGAGUGUUUGAGCUAUUCAUUCUAGUGGGAGAACAAUUAUUUAUUCUUGAAGUGGUUUUGGUGAUAUACUAAUUACUAAAUUCUAAGGUUGUGAGGGUGUUGGAACAAAUGUCGUUUAGGAGUAUUGUUCGUGACGUGAGGGAUGGGAUUGGAAGUUUAUCGAGUCGGCGUUUUGAGGUGAGGCUUCCUGGACAUCAGAAGGGGAAGUCGAGGAGUUCGGUCCAUGAAUUGCAGGAUCAGCCUCCUGUUAUACAGAAUAGCCGGUGGGCGAGUUUACCGCCGGAGCUUCUUCGUGAUGUUAUUAAGAGAUUGGAAUCUAAUGAGAGUACUUGGCCUAGUCGGAAACAUGUGGUUGCGUGUGCUGCGGUGUGUAAGUCGUGGAGAGAAAUGUGCAAAGAAAUUGUUAGCAGUCUUGAGUAUUGUGGGAAGAUUACCUUUCCGGUUUCGCUGAAACAGCCUGGGUAUAGAGAUGGACCAAUCCAGUGUUUCAUCAAGCGAGACAAAUCUAAGCUGACAUACCAUCUUUUCCUUUGCCUUAGUCCCGCCUUGCUUGUUGAAAAUGGAAAAUUUCUUCUCUCUGCUAAACGCACCAGAAGAACGACUUGCACUGAGUAUGUUAUAUCAAUGGAUGCAGAUAACAUAUCAAGAUCUAGCAGCACUUACAUCGGAAAGCUUAGGUCUAAUUUUCUUGGAACCAAGUUCAUAAUUUACGAUACACAGCCUCCCUAUAACAAUGCUCAGUUGGCGGCUCCACCUGGACGCAGCAGCCGUAGAUUCUACUCGAAAAAAGUUUCUCCAAAGGUCCCUAGUGGCAACUACAACGUCGCACAGGUAACCUACGAGUUGAAUGUCCUCGGCACCAGAGGUCCACGGAGGAUGAAUUGCACUAUGUACUCAAUCCCUUCAUCAUCCCUUGAGCCCGGCGGCGUUGUCCCCGGCCAGCCAGAGCUCAUUUCCCGCUCACUCGAGGAUUCUUUCCGUAGCUUAUCCUUUGCAAGGUCAAUCGAUAACUCCACCGAGUUUAGCAGCUGUAGAUUCUCGGACAUAAUGGGAGCUAGCAUAAUGGAAGAUAGAAAUGAAGACGAGGAGGGGAAGGAGAGACCUCUAGUUCUUAAGAACAAAUCUCCGAGAUGGCACGAACAGCUGCAAUGCUGGUGCCUUAACUUUAGGGGACGCGUGACCGUAGCGUCCGUCAAGAAUUUUCAGCUGAUCGCUUCAACACAGCCUGCAGCCAUCCCUCCUCGUGCAGCAACAGGACCUGCGCCGUCGCAGCCGGCUCAGUCUGACCAUGACAAGAUUAUUCUUCAGUUCGGUAAGGUCGGCGAGGACAUGUUUACCAUGGACUAUCGAUACCCUCUCUCGGCGUUUCAGGCUUUUGCGAUAUGCUUGACUAGCUUUGACACAAAACUGGCAUGUGAAUAGUGACAAGAGACAUAUAUAUGGUAACCAAGACAAGUAGAGAAUGUAAUCUCCAUUUUAGGAAUUCAUAGGAUGGUGAAGCUGUACCAAGUCAUUGAUUGUAUGCCUCAUAGUUACUCUAAAUUGUAAAGUACAGAACAAUCUCUUCCCAGUGUCCCUUUUUUUUUGCCUUUUUCAUUUUCUUAAGUCCUUAUUUUUAGUAUGUUUUAAUGUUUAAACCAUCUCUGUCAAACUUUGUUGAUGUAGACUUCCAUACUUUUAUGGUAAAGAUGUAAUGAAAAAUGUAGUAGCAUUCAAUGUC